AAAAAAAAUAAUGGGGAAUUGCUUAAGGCAUGAGUCAGAAAUGCACUGGGCUGGUGAAGAUUGGGAUGAUUUCUUCACAGAAGAUGAAGAAGAUCGUCAUAGCUCUAAAACCUCAAGAAAGGCUAAAACAUUAGUUGUUAGAAGCGACAGUAAAUCCUCUGAUCCAUCUCAUGAGAUCAAGAUCAGGCUCACGAAGAAGCAGCUCCAGGAUUUGCUGACUAAAGUCAGCGUCGAUGACUUGACCUUUCAUCAACAGGUCAAUAACUACGAAGAAUUCAAUCAGCAACGGUCAUGGAGACCGGUUUUGCAGAGCAUACCAGAGGUUUAAUUGAGAUUUUCAGGGAUAUUGUCAUGUUGUAUAUAUUUUUAGGCGUUUUUUCACUUUCUUUUUGUAUUUUUAGAGUAGGGAUUUUGAUGCAUGUAAAAGUUUGGAUUUGUUUUCCUUUUUGUACCGAUAACACUUCUCUUUUUGUUUGUCAGAUUGUAAAUAUGAAGAUAAACUCUAGAAUCCACACAACUUUGAUUGUUAAUAACA